AUGUCCAGGCAGCGCCAGUGUCUGGAGCCGCAAUGUGCCGCGGCAGAGCCCAAAACUGAGUCUCCUGCGAGCUUUGCGGAGUGCAGCCCAUCAUCAGCAGGCCUCUACAAGCCCGAAGCUGGGGACUUAUUACCGAUCAUUGCGUCUGAGUACUUCGUGCUUGAGCUCAGGGCGGCUCACACCAGUGGUUUCAAGCUCCGCAAUUCCAGUAGCUCCAGCGACAAUCAGCGUGCCACCAAACACCUACCAGGCCUUGCCCUGGCGUCGACAACUUUCACCCCGACCACUGUCACCGACUCGCACGCGGGUGCUGUCCCCACGCUUAAGCGAAUCGGGGGCAAAGGGGAGCACAAAACACGCGACUUGAGUUCUGCUGUGAACAGGGAGUGGUACACUGGCAACCACUGGUGA